GAUCUCCCUCUUUUCCACAAAACAGAGAACCGAUAAUCGCAAAGCCACCCCCAAAAGCAAAACCCUACUAUCUCCCUCCCUCUGUAAAUCUGCAUGCGUUAGGGUUUGAAAUCAGAGGCUAUGGCUACCGAGACUGCUACGAGAUCGAGCUCAGCGGCCGAUUCGUACAUAGGGAGCUUGAUAAGUUUGACUUCGAAGAGUGAGAUCAGAUACGAAGGCGUGCUUUACAACAUCAACACCGAAGAGUCCAGUAUUGGGCUCAGAAACGUACGAUCUUUUGGAACAGAAGGAAGGAAAAAAGAUGGACCACAAAUCCCUCCGGGUGACAAAGUUUAUGAGUAUAUACUAUUCCGCGGGAGUGACAUCAAGGAUUUACAGGUUAAGUCUUCUCCACCUGUUCAGCCUACCCUACCACCUAUAAACAAUGAUCCAGCUAUUAUUCAAUCUCACUACUCCCGCCCGUCUCCUUCAACAUCGAGCUUACCUGCUCCUGCUAGUGGAUCUUUGACGGAUAUUAAUCCUCAUACUGCACAGUUGGGACUCCCUGGUCCAAAUUUCCAAGGUAGUUUGCCUUUAUAUCAACCUGGAGGCAAUUUAGCGUCAUGGGGGGCUACGCCUCCUCCUCCAAGUGCAAAUGGUGGUGGGCUUGCAAUGCCAAUGUACUGGCAAGGAUACUAUGGCCCUCCAAAUGGGCUUCCUCAUUUACACCAGCAAUCGUUGCUUCGACCACCACCUGGGCUAUCAAUGCCUUCUUCAAUGCAGCAGCCACUGCAGUACCCCAAUUUUAAUGCCUCCUUACCUACUGGAACUUCAAACUUGCCUGAUGUUCCGUCACCUUUGCUUCCAGCUGCUAGUAUUAGUUCUACUUCUUUAUCUCAGUCAACGUUGCCAACAACUCUGCCUCCAGUGCCUUCUACAACACUAGCUUCUGAAACCUUGCCAAGCUCAAUGCCUAACAAGGCACCAAGUUCUGCCCCUUCUGUAGCCACCCUUAGUGUAAACUUGCCACCUAUUUCUUCUCUAACUACUACAAGCCCAGAUAUAAGUACUGUUGUACCACCAAUCUCUAACAAGCCUCAUGCAAUUUCUGGCCCAACCUUGCCUUAUCAAAACAUAUCUCAAGCUACUUCCUCUGUUGUCGGGACAUCCAGUUCUUUGCGCAUGGAAACACUACUGCCUUCUUUGGUAACCCCGGGCCAGCUGUUGCAAUCUGGAUCUGGUGCAGUCUCUUCAACUCAAUCUUUUCAAACCGCUCACAAGGAUGUGGAGGUGGUCCAAGUUUCAUCGUCAACCUCAUCAGAACCCACGGUGCCAAUCUCGGCCGAAUCUCAGCCCCCAAUAUUGCCAUUACCACCACCUGUACGGGCUGGUCAAAAGCCAAAUGGAGAUCAAUUCCAAAAUCGCCACGGUUAUACUUAUAGGGGGCGCGAAAGAGGGCGAGGAUCUGGGAGUUCCCGUCCAAUUACAAAAUUCACUGAAGAUUUUGAUUUCACGGCAAUGAAUGAGAAGUUCAAUAAGGAUGAGGUUUGGGGUCAUCUGGGUAAGAGUAACAAACCUCACCCAAAGGACAAAGAUGGAGAUGGAAACGCCAGUGAUGAAGAUUAUAUUGAGGAUGAAGAUGAUGUGGAGUUGUCGAAGGUUGAGAUCAAGCCCGUCUACAAUAAGGAUGACUUCUUUGAUACCAUCUCUUGCAAUGCUAUGAAUCAUGAACAGAAUGGAAGGACUAGAUACUCUGAGCAAAUAAAGAUAGAUACUGAGACUUUUGGCACUUUUUCAAGGUAUCGGGGUGGUCGAGGUGGCCGUGGUCCUGGGCGUGGUGGCCGUGGUCGUGGUGGUUACUAUGGAAGGGGUUACGGGGGUUAUGGGGGUUAUGGCGGUGGCUAUGUUGGAAGGGGCCGUGGCCGGGCCAUGCCCACUCGUGCUCCAUAGUUGCCACUUUGCCUCCUGAGAGUUAAUAUGGGUAAAACCCAAAGCCCGAACAGCAGCCCAUCAGAGCAACAAACAGAUUUAGGGCUAUGUUAAAGUUGUUUUCCUUAUUUAUGCCUGUCCAGAAAAUAAAUAGAAGUUAAUGCUGUUUCUGUAUCAAAUUGUCUUUAUCUAUUUCCCUGAUUUGGGACUCCUUUCAUUGACCAAAU